AUAAGGGCCAGCUUUCCCCUCAAACCUCAGUCUGCUUCAUCUCCUGCCACAGCAACACAUCUCUCCAACUUCCAGCUCCACUCAUUUUUAAGAAGUUUGUCAGAAAUUCGUCGAUGGCAUCGAAGAUGAAAGACAGGAAGAGAACUCCAAUCUCUCACAAAGUCAUUGAGAAACGAAGACGGGACCGAAUCAACCGCUGCCUCAACGAACUGGGAAAAACAGUUCCAAUGGCGCUGGCGAAACAGAACUCUGGAAAACUGGAGAAGGCUGAAAUCUUAGAAAUGACUGUUCAGUAUCUGAGAGCGCUCCACUCAGCGGAUUUCCCCCGUGGCAGAGAAAAAGGUGAACUUCUUGCUGAGUUUGCAAACUACUUCCACUACGGAUACCACGAGUGUAUGAAGAACCUGGUGCACUACCUGACCACAGAGGACAGAGCUGAAACCAAAGACAUCAAGUACGCACGGAUCCUCGCCUUCUUACAGUCCAAGUCCCGUGUGGUCACCGAGCCUGUGUUCGGCUCUGUCGGCUCCAUGCCAGAGCCGUCUGACUAUCUGAGCCAGCUUCACUCCUCUCCGGAGCACCAAAGCCACAGCCCGUCUGACUCCGUGUACCAGCAGAGUCCACCGGGACAUUUCUCCUGGCACAGCUCGACUCGCAGCCCGGGCAUCUCGUACCCAACAGUGCCGCUCUCCGCGCACACACAACAGCACGGUGGAUACUUGUCACCGGUGCAGGGACUCGAUCACCACUAUUUCAACUUCAUCGGUCACACGCACGCAAACACGUUUAGUCUGCACAGUGCGCAACACGCCAUGUAAAUACUUUCCCAAUGUUUUGUUGUCUUGUUUAUUUAUAUAAUUGUGAAUGAUGGAAACAGAUCCUGUACAUGUUGUGAAUAAAUAUUUCUGACUAAAGUUGAGAUUGUUUUGUCAUCACUGACACACACAUAUUUAAGUGACGCUCUCGUAAAGGGAGUAAAAGUGCGUAAAGGUCAAUAAAAUUAACAGUUAGAGUCCUGCUGUCCUCCUCUGAGAAAUGUU